UUCAUGUUUUAGUUUCUAAUAUAGUUAUUCAUUUAGAAUUUGAUAUCCAUAACAAGAUUAAAAACGAAGUUAUUAAUAGAAUGUCAUUCUUGCGUGGUUCUUCUAAUUACGUCUGGUGUACGACAAGUGUACUGGGGAAGGGAGCAACAGGUGCUGUAUUCCAAGGAGUGAACAAGCAUACUGGUGAAGCUGUUGCUGUGAAAACAUUUAAUCAACUAAGUCACAUGAGACCACAUGAAGUUCAAAUGAGAGAAUUUGAAGUACUAAAGAAGGUCAAACAUGAAAAUAUUGUGAAAUUGUUAGCAAUUGAAGAAGAACAAGAUGGGAAAGGGAAGGUUAUAGUAAUGGAAUUGUGUACAGGUGGUAGUCUUUUUAAUAUAUUGGAUGACCCUGAAAAUAGUGAUGGACUGAAUGAAGAUGAAUUCCUGGCUGUUCUGGAACACUUAACUGCUGGAAUGAAACACUUGAGGGAUAAUAACCUAGUCCAUCGUGAUCUGAAACCUGGCAACAUAAUGAAGUUUGUUGCACUGGAUGGAAGCACAGUAUAUAAGUUAACUGACUUUGGGGCUGCAAGAGAACUUGAAGAUGGUCAGCAAUUUGUUUCUUUAUAUGGAACUGAGGAAUAUUUGCAUCCUGACAUGUAUGAACGAGCUGUGUUAAGGAAACCUGUAGGUAAAACAUUUGGUGCAACUGUGGACCUUUGGUCAAUAGGCGUCACGCUCUAUCACGUUGCAACAGGAAAUUUACCGUUUCGUCCAUUUGGUGGAAGAAGAAAUAAAGAGACCAUGUAUUAUAUCACUGCCAAAAAAAUGCCAGGUGUUAUUUCUGGAGUUCAAAACUCGGAGAACGGAGAGAUCAUUUGGUCGUGUGAAUUGCCGGACACGUGCCUUUUGAGUGUGGGAUUGAAAAAAAUUGUCACACCCCUUUUUGCUGGCCUUUUGGGUGGUGAAAUGAACUUCGAUCGUUUUUUUCAGGAAGUCACAGCAAUUACCACUAGAAAACCAGUUCAUUUUUUCCACGUUAACGCCCUUCACUCCAUAAGGGUAUACCUGGUACCAACUGAUUGCUCCGAAGCUGGCAGACUGAUAGAGGAGCAAACUGGAAUGGCUCGAACAAGUCAGUUAAUUCUCUCCAAAACUGCUCAGUGGACGGAACAAGAAAAAUUUCCAUUGUCUAGCAGUGGAAAUCCGUUGUUUAUCUUCAACCGGGAAAACAACAACAUUGUUUAUCUGAAAGAUGGCGGAUCACAAAAAUGCCCUCCUUUUUCGUCCACUGUAUCUGUGGAAACAGACGCUUCAACAGCGAAGCAAUGCUGCAGUGUGGGUUAUGGCAUCAAGCGGCGAAUAGAAGAAGCCACCGGUUCUUACAAUCUGAUGCAUGUUGCCGUCGAAGCAUUGACGAACUGGUUAGUUAAUCAGCUUCAGUCUCUUUUGCGUCAAAACGCUCAUUGCGAGGAACAACUCUUGGCUUGGAAUCGUCAGUUACACCUUUGGCAGAAAUUCCAUGUUAUUAUCAAGGAUAUGGCUCGCCUGCUUCCGGGUGAAGAGAUUACGAGCUCGAAUUCGCUAGAAAGUUUUUUACAGCUUUCCAGAUCACAUUAUAGCGAUGUAUCUAAUCAAAUGGCAUCUGUUACUCCAAGUGUAAAACAGCUUUGUCAACGAGUGAUCCGAGAUGAAAGCUUGGCCAAGGAAUGGGCAAGCACCAAUCGAGCAAUUGGCGUCAUUAGUGGCGUUUGUGGAAAAUCAUCAACUUAUGUAACUCGCCUGAAAGACUCAUGGCAACACCUGCUUCGUGAUAGAGCUGCUAGAGUUUUAACAUACAAUGAUGAGCAGUUUCAUUUAUUAGAACGUAUUAAAAUGACAGAAACAUUCAAAAGUCUUGAAUCGCUAUUUACGGCAGAAUGCGUUCCUGUGGUGACAAAUACCGCUGAUUUGCUUGCUGACUGGUAUAAAAUGGCACAAGCAAUAAUUCUUCAAACUGAAAUACUGGCAAAAGACGUGUCAGCGGUCGAUGCCCUUUGGGUUGACACGUUAAAGAAUCAGGAGCGGUUUCAAGUUUCCUAUUCCAAUAAAAUUCACGAACUUUUUGAAGCAGUGAAAAGAAGGCAAACUUUUUCAACAGGGGAAAUUAUGUCCCUUGAACCAAAAGGGAAUGCGGGAGUUUCCGACUACAAGCACAAUAGGAACGUCAAUAAUGGACUGAAAAAACUACAAGCAGUUCAUCUCGAGGUGGCUAAACUUAUUGAAGAAAAUAUGCACAUGGUUUCAAGAGUAGAGCAAAUGGUAGAUGUUCAGAAACCCAAAUAAAAUGAAUUCUUAAAA